AGAGAUCAGGAAUGGGGGGGGGGCUGACUAGAGAUUAGGCACAAACUGAGUGCUAUAGACCCAGGAGAACCACUGGCUGAGGCGUGGGCUACACCCAAAUGCACAAGGAAGAGGGAGCAACCAGUGGGUAUAGCAGGUUGGAGAGACCCCAGAGAGCCAAAGCCAGGAAAACUUGGGGCAGCAACACUUUCCACAGUCACAUCUUAGAGGCCUAAGGUGUGGAAGCAGGAUUGGGUGGUGAGGUGACCAGUGUAGGUCCUGGCCGACCUGGGUCUAAGUGUUCUCUUUGGAAUUGUAGACCACAGCUGUGGGAUGGAUGGCAGAAGGCCGUUAGCAGGGACUCUUUAACUGGUUUCUUGUGGGUCAAUUUCCUCAGAGACAGGGGUAGCCCUAAAGGGGAACCUAAUGGCUCUUUCUUGAAUUGAACUGGGCUGACGCUAUUUUAGAUCUUGGAACCAACAGCAACCGUAGCCAUCCCAUCCCACCUGCAGCUACAGCCAUGGGAGAACGAGGAAGCUUGUUUGUGUCCUGGGACGGAAGGUCCAUGACUAGAUCCUGGGGAACUUGCUUGCUUCUGCUUACCAUUUUGGUGGCCCUGGUAUCCAGCACAGACCCAGGCAAAAAGAAGGUCAAGGUGUUGAGAGAAUUAAAACUGAUCAAUGCCUCAAAUGCCAAUGUGAAGCAGUGUCUCUGGUUUGCCAUGCAAGAAUACAACAAAGAAAGUGAGGAUAAGUACCUCUUCCAAGUGGUCAAGACAGUACAAGUCCAGCUGCAGGUUACGGAUCGUUUGGAAUACUUUAUUGAUGUCGUAAUUGGCCGCAGCAAUUGUAGAAAGUUUUCAAACAGUACCGAAAAAUGUUCCAUUCAAGAGAACUCUAAACUGGAAAAGAAAGUAAUGUGCAGUUUUUUGGUUGGAGCACUCCCCUGGAAUGGUGAAUUCAUGGUGAUGAAGAAGCAGUGUGCAGACGCUUAGGGGGUUCGGAAGCACCCCCUGCCCCCACCACCUUUCUCUGUGAGGAGAUAAAUGGCAUGCAUUGUGU